CAGUUUUGACGAGAGUUUGGUUUUGCCCUCGAUAUAAUUUUCUAAAUAUUCGUAAUAUUUCCUCGACAUUUGGUACAUUUUUCACUAUAAUACUAAAAUGCUAUCAUUUACUUCCAUGCCAAAUAAUUCUUUGGCUAAAUAUGAGCGUUUUGGAUGCAAUAUUAUCGAAAUUCGUACACAAACUGUCUUGGUUGACAAGAAAGCUUACGUGUGUCGAUGUCGCCUAUGUAGUGAAUCUUUGAAUGAAACGUGCACGGGAUUAGAGAAGUCUAACAACCAAACUCUUAUUGAGUGUCAUUAGAACCCAGUUCAAGAUCUGAUAGAAUAUUAUGGAAUGCAGUGGGAUGUGAAGCCUUAUGGAAUUUUCAGCAACAGAGUGUUAAAUUUCUCCUGGCCUGCCAAAGGGCAAAUUUCAAGCAAGUUUGGGUUUUGAAUGAACUGCCAGGAUGGACAGCCUUGUUGGGGAAAUUCGUGUUUUAGACUCGCAAUAUUCUAAAGAACUACGACUUAAAAGACAAAUGGAAGACUGUGAAAUUGAUCAAAGAAGUUUCAAAGUGCCAAAAAUUACAAUGAACAAGUCAGGAAGUUUCAUCAACAAACAUGACGAAGGCAUUGACGAUGACAUAGAUGAUAGUGAAGAUGAUGAUGAUGACAGUGAUGAUGAUGACAGUGAUGAUUUUGAUGACGACAAGACAAAUGACAAGGAUAGYUCAUUUUCCAAGCACCUCUGUCAGACUUGUGGAGAAAGUGUGGAUGAUGAAGUGUACCUCAAAGUUGAAGGYCAUGUGUUUUGCAGUGAAGAGUGUCUGGAAAGAGGACCACUUUGCAACAAGCAAUCAAAAAAGACCAAUUUAGAUGAAUCACCUGGAUCAGAAUCACCAGCAUCUGGUAUAAAAGACUUAAAAAGACAGUGUAGAGGACUGGGGAUGGCUGCCUCUAUUCAAGAACUUAUUGGGUGUCCAACACUAGGAUGUGAUGGUAAAGGCCAUAUCAAUGGUAGAUUUUCUUCACAUCGCAGUGUUUAUGGGUGUCCUUAUGCUAACAAAUCUGCAAGACGAAUGAGAAAGGACUCUGAAGACAAGUCAGAUGGUGACUCUGAAGGUGUUAGAUGUCCUACUCCAGGGUGUGAUGGUUCGGGACACAAGUCUGGUCUCUUUGCAUCUCACAGAAGUUUGUACGGCUGUCCAAGAAGGCUCUUCUCAGACAAAGAUAAAGACGGUCGAGGAAACUCAGACGAGAAUAGUGUCAGAUGUCCAACGCCAGGCUGUGAUGGCACAGGUCAUAGAACUGGUUUAUAUACGUCUCACAGAAGUUUAAGUGGCUGUCCUAUUGCUGCUGCCCAUAAACAGAUAACAAGACAGUGUACAAGUCCACCGGGGACGCCCAAUCAAAGAAGAGGACGACCUCCAAAGUACGGAAAACUUGAAGUAAAGACGUCUCCUCACGGAAGUCCUACUUCGCCUGACUCAGCGAUCUCGUCUGGUUCAAGUUCCAGCUCAGACCACGACAAUCCUGCUAAGAAAGACCUUCUACCUCGACUUGAAGCAAAAGACAGUCCCACAAGAUUUCCUUUCCCUAAAACAACUCUAGUGACUUCACCUACUAAACUUAAAAUUCCUAUCAUUGCACCUAUGCCAGUACCAUCGUCCUCGUCGUCACUACCCAGUGUUAUCACCGCUACAGCAGCUGUUGCUGUUGCUAAUGCUGUAGUAAGCGGAUCAGUAUCAACAGACGUCCCUACUUCUGUAACCAACAACGAUUCGAACCUCCCCUCCCCUGUCAAUUCACCAGUUGUACCAAAGUUUACGCCGAUAGUAACCAUAGCAACUACCUCAGUACCGAUGACUACAAUGGAUAUUUUAGUCGGCACUGGCAGUGUUUCCAAGGUGAUGUCCACGCCACCACCCUUGACAACAAUCGUCAGCAGCCCUUCGACGUUAAUGAUGCGAACCCCCGAAGAUUCUCCCGUGACGUCAUCUCCGCCAACGAGUUCGCAAACUGCGGCUUUUCCAGAGGUGAAUGUUGGAGGUGGCAGAGUUAAACGUGUUUGCAAAGCCAAAGAGGAUUCUGACAUGUAUGAUGAUGAAGAUAUGGAAACGAGUUCGUCAGAUGAUGAAGAUUUCCGUGAUGGAGAUGAAUUGUUUCUCUCCGACCCAGAUUCGCCGUCAAUGAGACAAGCCAAUGGGUGUCCAACCCCAGAAUGCGAUGGCAGCGGACACGUGAAUGGCCGAUUUUCAUCACAUCGAAGGUUAUCUGGGUGUCCAAGGGCUGUCAAGCUUGUACCGACUCUAAAAAAUCCUACAAGAAAUGAAAUAGCCGAUUUAUCGGUUCGUUCACCAGGUGCUGACGGCAAAGUUAAACAGCUUUUAUCAUGUCCAACACCAGGGUGUGACGGCACAGGUCACGUGUCUGGACAGUAUGCGUCACACAGGAGUUUAUCAGGGUGUCCAUUAGCGGCCAAGCUUUCUCAACAGGAGAGCCAGGAAGUCAAAUGUCCAACUAUUGGAUGCGAUGGUUCUGGUCACAUUACAGGAAAGUACUCCUCGCACCGGAGUUUAUCUGGAUGUCCGCUGGCUCCAAAACUUGCAGCUUCUGGUACCGACCCAACAGGCAAAGGAAGCUUGGCAGGUGCCGACAAAGUUGGUCCAACGUGUCCAACUCCAGGAUGUGAUGGGUCAGGACAUGCAAGUGGUCAGUUUAGUUCUCACAGAAGUUUAUCUGGUUGCCCUUUGGUGUCGCCGUCAGAAAAGAAGGUAUUGAUGAGACAAGAAGCAGAAACAAAACUAUUCGCCCAGGCAAAGGCACACUUUAGGAACUCCGAGGAUAAACAACAAGUUGUCAAACUACGAUCAGGACGAAGCCGACAGGAAUACGAAGAAAUCCGACAGCUCGAUAAGGAGAUCGGAGUACUACGAACGUCUAUCGAGGAAUCCGAGCGAGUGAACGAAGAAAUAGAUAACGAGGUACGAAGAAUGGAAAAGAAACUCAAUUCAAGUCAAGAUGAUAUGAACAUAGAUCGUCACAGAAACGGCAUGUUAGCCACAAAGCUAGCAGUUCUACAAUCAAGAUUCAUUGCUAGUCUCUCCAGCAUCGAYAUUCCUGACAUGGACGUCAAGUUGAAUUUUGACUCUGUUGAUCGUUACAUUGAGGUACUCCAGGAACGAAUGCUGAAAAAUCCAGUCAACAGCUCCUCUCUGAUAAAGCAAGUUAAAGAGGCAUUYUCUGAUUUUAAGGUUUGAAUCGUUUACUCUAAUCGGUAAUUUAUUUAUUUCUUCGAUAAGUUAUUCUGUGCCUCGUGGCGGCCAUGUUGGAUGACGUCARCGAAAGGCUUCAUCRCACAUGGCUAACGUAAUYUAUUGGUUUGUAAAAAAAAUAAGCUUAAAGCUUUUUUAAGUUUUAAUUAAGAUUAUAAAAUUUUCCGCCAUUUUGUUGUCUGUAGGAUAGGUAUUUUAUUGUAGCAUAGGUAAUUUAUUUUUUUUUUUUCUUUUUAGAAUUUUAUUGUUUUGUGUUGAAAUGAAGAUAAUGUUACAAAAGAAAUGCUUAAAAACCUAAAAGCAUCAUGGGUAAAUUUAUUUUAUCAACCCUGACAGGUGUCAAUCACGCAUAUGAUGGUGAUUCAAUAGACCUUUGUAGUAAUGCGGUACAAUGUUUUCAAAAUGGCGGCCACAUUAAUAGAAAUGACUAUUGAAGCUUUUCAUUUCGUUUGUUUUAUAUUUGUAAGUAUAGAUUUUUAGAGUUUCAUGAUAUUUUGUGAAAUAUCUGUGGUUUUUAUGUUUGAUGUUCAGCUCGAUUACUGUGACAUAGCUGUUUGUUUGACUCAAAAUUCAUCAAAUCUUUUAAUAUAUGAUUAAUAUAUUAUAUAUAAAUUUAUUUUAUUGCAAGAACAGAUCUAGAAUUAUUUUACAUAUUUUGCAUAUAUAUAUUAUAAACCAGUAUAACUGGUUAAGUUAUGAAAACACAUUUUUAGGUUGAGCAUUACGUAUAGAUUCCUGAAAUUGAUAGUCAAGAAAAAACAAUCACUAGAUUGCGAGAUGUGAAAAGGGUUGUAUAGUUGGACACCAGUUGUUCCUAGCCUACAGGUAGACCGUUCUUUCUAAAAGAAGGAAAAAACGGUCAUCACGCAGGCUAGCGGUUCUCCGUAGAUUUAGGAAAGAAUGGCGGGAAAAUUGAUGUGAGACAGGUUGGGCAAUCGCGGUAAUACUUGUAWUACUGAUGGGGGAGGGAUUCGAAAGUUGUAAAGGACAUAUAGAUUACUGGUGCUAGAAUAGCUCCUAUUAUAGUUUCUGGUUCAGUAAAUAACUUUAAAAUUUAUUAUAAGUUACGAAGGAACUAUACCCAUGAGGCAAAAGUAUUCAAAGUGUAACUUAAAACGAUUAUCGGAUAAUCCCCUAAGAAUGAUGAAUAACGAGAGCGAGGGUAACUCGUGGAUCUCAAACGAUAGUCAGUGAUAUACAAAGAAGAGUAGUA